GAAGCCUCAAUGCACUGUGGAUUUUGAUCUAUUUAAUGUGUGUCCACAAUGCCCUGAUAUUUGAGAUAGAAGGUUAUUCAACUCGCCUUUCACACUAAAUAAUUCACCUGGCGCAAGUUACUUCCAACAACGCAAGCUGCAGAAUGGAGGAAUACACAGACAGUAUUUGAUCUGGCCGUGAGCUAUACGAUUUCACUGUCUGAGUACAUCUUUCUAAGAGGGGAAUUAGGUCAAUCCUGUAGUCUUGCAUACAACAUAUCGAUAAAUUCAAUGCACGACUGCUUAAGACCAGUUAAUCUCUACAUCAUAGAACAGUUAAUCACCUGUAACUUGAUGUUCUUAUAAUAAUCAUGCAGCUGUCAUUUUGCAGACUUCGCAAGCACCAGUGGUGUUUCCUGCUCUUCAACGUGGUUCUUUUCCACGCCUUUCUCUUUGGGGCGGACUUUAUGGAAGAGUAUCUGCUGCAAUCCUCCCCGACUACCUACACGGAUGCCCAAACCCUGGAUAUCCGUGAGAGAGCCAGAAAACUGGACGUGAGCUCAGUCAGGAAAAACAUCUCCAGGUUCUUCCGUAUCGGUAACGCAGGAGCUUGCGCCGGCAGAGAUCUCUUUCUCCUGGCCGUCGUGUCCAGCGGCGCGGAAAACCGAACACGGCGGGAAACGAUCCGGCGGACUUGGGCGAACGUGACGAAGGUGGACGGAUACCAUUUGAUGACGCUGUUCGCGAUCGGCAUCCCUCCAACGCCGGAAACGCAGGGCGACAUCGAUAGAGAGUUUGCAAACCACAAAGAUAUCAUCCAAGGCACCUUCUUGGAUUCACCCAGCAACGGUGUCCACAAAACCAUCAUGAUCAUGCGUUGGGCCGUGACGUUUUGCUCCAAAGCUUUAUUUAUUCUGAAAUCCAAUGAGGAGACCUUUGUCAACUACAAAAGCUUGAUGGAGUAUCUGCUUGGUUUGAAGAGGCACGCAGAAGAUCUUUACAUCGGGAGGGUCUACCACCAAGUUAUGCCGAUCAGAGAGCCUCAGAGCAAACACUACAUGCCUGUUAGUCGGUAUUCAGGGAAAUUCUACCCUGAUUAUUGUAGCACCACUGCCUUUGUCAUCUCACAGGAUGUGGCCAGGAAAAUCUUUGUUGUUUCCCAGGCGAUGGACACUUCAAUAUCUGAAGAUGUUUUUGUUGGAAUCUGUGCCAAGAAGGCUGGUGUGGUGCCCAUCCACAGCUCCCGGUUCUCCGGGGAGAAGCACAUACGGUUCAAUCGCUGCUGCUACAAUUUCAUCUUCAGUUCAUUCGGGCUGACUGACGAGGAGCUGGCGAGGGCAUGGGAGGAGAUUACCGACAGCAGACGCUGUGCCAUGUUGGAAACAUACUACGGACUGGUCAAGUGCAAAGCCUUGACCUAUCUAGACAAGCUCACUUGAUGUGGUGGCAUUGGUUCUGAGUGUAUUCCUGGACCAACACCCAAAACAAUGCUUGAUUAAAAUGGUCAUUCCACGAAACUCCAAUUCUUGCUGUAGAGAAUGAGAUGGUCAUGGGUUCAAGUCCCACCACUGACACUUGAACACAUGACCUGGGCAGUGCAUCCAUGGUGGAUGUAAGAUACCUGUUCAAAAUAGAGUGGGAGAGUUUGUUCCCAUUGUCCCAGUCAAUACUUAUACCUCAAGCCAUAUAAUUAAAAAACAGAUGACCACGUCCCUGGGACAUUGCAUCUUGUCGACCCUUUCCAUGUACAAAUUGGGGCUGUCAACAUCUCCAUUACAAUAAUAACAACACUUCAGUAACAAUUUGUUUAGUUUUGUUCAUGUCACGUGUACCGUGGCACAGUGAAAAGCUUUAGUUGUGUGAUUACAAUCGAGCCAUCCACAAGCCAUCCUCUGGUGAUCAGUAGUUAGCAUUUGCUCGCUCUCCAGUCCAUUAACCCUGUAUCGUCUCCUUUUUGUAAGAAGUAACUUUUCCAUUUUUAAUUUAAUUACUGCUUCCCAUUGCUUCCACAAGGAAAUUCAACCCAUCAUCCGAAGAAGGGUCCCGACCCGAAACGUCACAUAGCCAUGUCCUCCAUAGAUGCUGCCUGACCUGUAGAGUUACUCCAGCACUUUAUGCUCUGUGUCUUCAUUGUUGGAAAAAUACUAAAAGAUAAUGAUCAAACAUGCAGUUAUUAUUCAUUGAUUUUUGUUUUUGUUUUUGUGUUGUGGAAUUUUUAAAAGCUGCAUUAUUAGAAAUAAAUAUUGAUUGUGUUCAAUUAAAAAAUAGAUCAAAGAUCCUGUUUCCAAUAUUUGACAGUUAUGUAAGAAAUUGUUUUAAUUUAAGGUUUCUGAUGAGUGCAGGCAAAUUGGACCUGCCCAGUAUGCCAACUUGGUCAGCAUAUUCAAGGUGAGCCGAAGAGCCUGUUUCCAUGCCAGACAGCUCUAUGACUCGAUGAUUCAGACUCAGUUUGACACUGUGCCCACAGUCGUCUCCUGGACCAUUUACUAGAAUGAUCAGCAAGGUAUCAAGCAGCCACCUGUACCAGUAAUCAUCCUCUCAUUAACAUCAAGGAGGGAAAAGAGUAAAAAUAUAUAUUUUUAUAAAUGUUGUCAACUAAAGUACAAGCAAACAAAUACUCCUUGCAUCCUUGUUUGAAAAGAAAACAUUCUUAAUAUGUUGUGACCGUCAAGGGAGGUGGUGUUAUGGAUCCCAUUUCAGAUUUUGCUUAUAUUAUUACCAUGCAUUGGCCGGGAUUAUGGUGAUUUAUGGUUGGAACCAUUUAUAAUUUCUGUGUGUUUCAUAGAGUUACUGUACAUUCUGAAAAUGAAUUAUAAUAAACUGCUCUGGUUUAAACCAUUUGCAA